AUGGGAUCUCUCUGCUGGCUGCUUCUGCCACUGCUGGCCUCGCUGACCACGGUCAUCAAAGCCAAGGUGUUCAGCCGGUGCAAGCUGGCUCACCUGCUCCAGGAAGAGGGGCUGGAUGGCUCUGGGGGCUACAGCCUCACCAACUGGCUCUGCAUGGCCUUUUACGAGAGCACCGUCAACACUGCAGCACAGAGCAUCAACGCAGACGGCAGCACUGACUAUGGCAUCUUCCAGAUCAGCAGCCAGCUGCAGUGCUCCGACAACCGCAGCCCCUCGGAUAACUGCUGCAGGAUGGCUUGCAGGGGUACCACGGCACUGCUCCGCUGGGGCCAGCCCCAGGAGCGGAGGCAACAGCCCAAAACCUCCUGCUCUGCCCAACUUCACCCUGUGGCCAAAAUGGAACCACAAGGGCGU